GUCAUUGUUCCAACUGACAGCUAGUUGAAAAGGUGUUUUGGUUACAUACGCAACAAACGCACUCCAGGCAAAACAACAAAAGAACAUCGUUCUGUGCGAUAUUUAUCGCGAUUUGAUCAGUGAAAUGGUGAAAUUUUCGAAUCUAAUUGGAACCCUGUUCAACAAAAAUGCAUCAUCGAAGCUGGAAACGGAUGCUGCUCCACUACCACCUCGACGAAAAACCGAUAGAUACGAAGGAGUGGCCGGUGCCAAUACUGUCGCUACGCAGAAUGGGAAUUUCCCAAAUGGUAAUGCAGCAAACUUAGGAAUGGUAGUGCCCGCGGUAGCAAACUUAGCUCUCGUACCGAACAGCUCGCCACGAUCGUUGGAACCACUUCCGGUGGAGAACCAAACGCCACCACAAACGAUCGUGAACAAUGUGCAGCACAACACGCUCACAGCCCCACAAACGUCCAUAUCCAACACGACUGGAAUGCAGGUAUAUCAGAUAAGGAAUGCAAACAAUCUGCACAUUGGAAACAACUACACCUUCAAUAGCGCAGUGGCGGACGAAGGUGCAUCAACGAGCGGUUCUUUGCCACGAACAUCCGGUGUUAAAUGGGCUAACUUGCGGCUAUCCAAUACCAUAUCACAAAUGAUGCAGAGCCAGGACGAAUUGGACACAGAGCUUAUCGAUACGGUAUCACGCCAUUUGGGAUACGAAUGGAAAAGUUUCGCCCGUAAGCUAGAAUACUCCCAGGGACAGAUUGAUGCCUUCGAGGCAGACAACAGCACAUUGGCUGAGCAAAUUUACAGCUUCGUGUUAGAUUGGACUCGCAACGAUGAUGACCCAACGCUUGGGCGAUUUGUUACACUGUUGUGGAACAACAAACAUAAAGAAACAGUAUACUACAUCAAACAGGUGUGGAAACAACGGAAGUCCGAUAAUCUUUCGGAAGGAUAAAGAAGAGUAUUUUACAUAUCCUUUGCGAAGCUCAUUCCCUUUAGAUGUACAUAUAUAGAAACGUGCGAGAUUUUUAUCUCACUAAUAGUUAUUGUGAUAUCAAACGCUCAAAAUGCUCGAAAACAAUUCAGAAAAAGUGCCUUUUACAAGUGUUACAAUUGAAAAACAUUCCGACUAAUGAUAGUACAAUGCGUAGGAUAAGGUAAGCGAACGAUUCAUCGACACAGUCGUGAGAAUUGUCUAAUAAAAAAACUAAAUAUAAAGUUUAA